UUUCUGCAGUUCCGGAAGCGGAUCGUGUUGGGUGCAGGUGACGCCGCCGAGCGUGAGUGUCCCUCAGUAUGGAUUAAACUUGCGAACCGCCGUGCCCCGUUUCCGCAGCCAGUUCCCGGGCUCGCUACAGACCUUUUUUUUUUUCUUUUUUUUUUUUUUUUUUGGUGAGACGGAGAUUUACUCUUGUUGUCCAGGCUGGAGUGCAAUGGCGCGAUCUUGGCUCACCGCAUCCUCCGCCUCCCAGGUUCAAGCGAUUCUCCUGCCUCAGCCUCCCGAGUAGCUGGGAUUACAGGCAUGUGUCACCACGCCCGGCUAAUUUUGUAUUUUUAGUAGAGACGGGGUUUCACCGUGUUGCCCAGGCUGAUCUCGAACUCCUGACCUCAGGUAAUCCGCCCGCCUCGGCCUCCCAAAGUGCUGGGAUUACAGGCGUGAGCCACUGCGCCCGGCAGCUACAGACCUUAAGAUCCCCGCACCGCGCCCUCCACCCCAGCUGACUCGCGGUGUGGGUUCGGAGUCGCUUCUCUUUGGGUUGAAGUCGCUCUGAGGCUUCUCCCUGUCCCCGGCCUUUCGCGUCUUCCUCCCGCUUAAAACCCUUUCCUGACCCCUCCUCCCGCCCCGGGCUUUUUAAAGUCCUCACCCGCGAGGUGGAUUCCCGCCCUGGGCGCCUCCCAGCCUCGCCCUCGUCGGCCCCUGGAGCGCAGCUCCUCAGCCCCGGUACCGGGGAGGCCGCGCCUCUGCCUGGUCCUGGCAUCCUGCAGACCCCACCCCUCUCCUAAGGCGCCGUCGCCCCGCCACCUCCCUCCUCCUCGUGUCGGGCCCUGCUGCUCCCCAGGCCUCCCCUUCGCAGUCACCGCUUCUCCUGAGCCCGCGCUGGGGAGGUGCCCGGGGCCUGUCCUGUGACACCCGGUGUUCUUGCCUGCCCAGCUCCAGCCCCUGGAAAAUGCGCUCCUCCAAGAUGCAGGCGUCUUAGUCCAAACCCUCCUGUGAAUGUGUGGACCAAGGGGAUUAGCAGGUAGAGAAAGGGGCAGAGACAGAGAGAGAAGUAGAAAAACUGAGAGGAAAGAGUGAGGGAAACCCGUAAACAGAUGGCAAAGUAGAGGAUGGGCGAGGGAUUUGCAGAUGGUAAGAGAAGGAGCUGAGAAGGCAGAAGGAGAAAAGCGACUGGGGAAAUGUAGAGAAAAGCUCGAUGUCCAGAGAGAUGAAGGACAGCAAGGUAGGGAGAGGGCCAGAAAGUGGGAGGCUCCUCAGACAGAGUCCGGGAGAGGAGGAGGGAUUUGGAACCAGGGCAGACAAGCAGCGUGGUGCUGGGACAGCAAGAGGGGACAGCCGGUGACGAGGAGGGCAGAAGGAGAACCACAGCAGGGGGAGGCCUGGGAUCCGGGGGUGCCAGAGAGUGGGGCGAGAGGUGUAGAAGGGAAGAGGAGAUUCAACAGAGGGAGCAGAGAUGGGAGAAGAAAGAGGCAGAAAUAUAUGGAGACUGGGGACAAUGAAAAGAUUGGGGAGAAAGAGGAAUCAGAGUUGAAACAAGGCCCCAGAAUGGGACAGAACAGGUGCAAGCGGAGGAAGAAGGGGAGAAAUAGCAGGAGAUGAGAGGGGCUCAAAACGACGCGCAAAGAACCAGGGGAAAAACACAGAAAAUAAAAAAUAAGCUAAUGUGAGGAUGAGAGCUAUGUAGAGGAUGAGGGAGGGAAACACACAGUAUGGAACCAAGAGAGGGACCCUGAGUCCAGGUGAGUGGUGCGUUGAUUAGAUGUGAUGAUGACAUUGUGACAUUGGUUUCUGGGUUUAUAAUAAUGCAACACAUUUAAAAUACGUUUACUUAAAUUAUGCAGUUGCAAAUGAGAAUGGAAGAAACUCCUUUAUGUAAAAUGCGUAAGAUGUGCAUUUGACAAUUAUUAGUAUUAGGGUAUAGCUUCAUUUGCAAUCACUAUUCAAACCAGAGAGCAGUGACUUCGCUCAUUUAGUUUUGAGUCCACCCACUUCCCUUUUCCUGGAAUAGGGUAGGGUGUGGGUGAGUGUAUGAACUAAGAGGAAAAAAUAUUUUUCCUUUGAUUUUCUUUCCUGUGACACUCAGUACAACAGGGCACAUUCUACACAGUGUCUCGCCUCCACUCACGAAAAUGUGUGCGGAUUUCUCCCACCAACAACCCAUUCUCUAUCAGACACUAACUGAGUGUCCUAUAGUUUAACUCAAUUCUGAAACUCUCUACCUGGAGUUAGCAUCAGAUCCCACUGAUUGAGGCUCAGUUCCACGAAAUUGCCCCCGCAUCAGGUGCCAGUUGUAAGUCUCCCGUUGGUACCUGAACUUCUGAGCGACCAGCUACACAUUGGGGAUUCCCUUGACAUCCCCCUCCCCACCACCUCAGGUUCUAUUAAUUUGUGAGGGCGGCUCAAAGAACUCAGGGAAAACACUUCACUUAGUUUACACAUUUGUUAUGAAGGAUAUUACAGAAGAUACAGAUGAACAGUCAGAAGGAAGAGCUGUCCUAGAAAGUUAAUCAAAGCCGAGGAGGGGUUAAGAGAACCACAGUAUUUAUCAGGUCAUUCAAAAGUAUAAGUGACAGUUACCACUGGCAUACUGUGUCUGAAGUGGGGGGCAGUUUUAGACUGAGCUCUGAACCUGUAGCACCUUGUCAUGCAGUCUUUUUUUUUUUUUUCUUUUUGAAACAGUCUCGCUCUGUUGUCCAGGCUGGAGUGCAGUGGCGCAAUCUUGGCUCAAGGCAGCCUCUGCCUCCCGAGUUCAAGCGAUUCUCCUGCCUGCCUCAGCCUCCCAAGUAGCUGGGAUUACAGGUGUGCACCACCACACCCAGCUAAUUUUUGUAUUUUUAGUAGAGACGAGGUUUUGCCAUGUUGGCCAUGCUGGUCUCUAACUCCUGGCCUCAAGUGAUCCUCCUGCCUUGGCCUCCCAAAGUGCUGGGACUACAGGCGUGAGCACUGUGCCCGGCCCAUGCUGUCUUGUAGAUAAUGUCAGAGUUGAAUGAAAUUGUAGGACCCCCGCCUCACCCCCCUGAGCUGGGAGUCCCCUGGGAGUCCCCUGGUCAUUGUGGGAAAAGCCACACACACAUUUUGGUGACUAGAGGUGAAGAAUUCUGUGUUUAGUGUGAGAGCAGAAUGUAGAGUUGGGUUUUUUCCUGUCUCAAAGACUAAAGGAAAAGACCUCCAAGUGGCCCACCCACCUGUCAGGACCUGUGAUCUCUACUCAGUCGUGACUGGGAAUGGCCUGUUCCUGCUUCUGGCUGCUGCUGGCCCUGCAAUUGUGUACCAUGUACCAGCCUCACUCACAGUCUCAGGACAAUAUGCGUGCCAUCAAUUUUAACUUUUUUUUUCCUUCACAAUCUGUAAAGCUUUCAAAAUUUUAACUGCAAGGGAAUUCAUCCCUGUACCCAGGGAGUGGUGUUCUCCAUUAAGACACGUACACAGGGCUGGGCACAGCGGCUUACACCUGUAAUCACAACACUUUCAGAGGCCAAGGUGGGAGGAUUGCUUGAGUCCAGGAGUUCGAAACCAGCCUGGGCAACAUAGCAAGACUCCGUCUCUACGAAAAAUAGAAAAAAAUAAGCUGGAUGUGGUGGCUUGCACCUGCGCUCCCAGCUACUUGCAAGGCUGAGGUGAGAGAAUCGCUUGAACACGAGAGCUUGAGGCUGCAGUAAGCCAUGUUCAUGCUGUCACACUCUAGCCUGGGCAACAGAGUGAGACCCUGUCUCAAAAACAAAAAACAAACACACACACACACACACACACACACACACACACACACACACACACACACAGAAUAAAGUCUUUUUUUCUUCUACGCUCCAUCUUUAAAACAAAAAAUACUCUAAAUUGGCCAGGCACGGUGGCUGACGCCUGUAAUCCCAGCACUUUGAGAGGCCAAGGCAGGUGGAUCCCUUGAGGUCAGGAGUUCGAGACCAGCCUGGCCAACAUGGUGAAACACGUCUCUACUAAAAAUACAAAAAUUAGCCAGGCAUAGUGGCACGCGCCUGUGAUCCCAGCUACUCUGGAGGUUGAGGCAGGAGAAUCGCUUGAACCUGGGAGGCGGAGGUUACGGUGAGCUGAGAUCACGCCAUUGCACUCCAGCCUGGGUGACAAGAGUGAGACUUCAUCUCAAAAAAAAACAAAACAAAACUCUAAACUACCUUUCAGUCUGUAGUAAGUACUCCUCUUCUAUGCUCCAUUUAAGAGCACAAUACACUACAAUUUUUUUUUUUUUUACUUUAUGUUCAAUUCUUGCCUUCAGUCCUUGCUUGAACUCUUGCUUGAAUCAAGCUCUCAUACCCAACAUUCCACUGAUCCUUUCUUUUUCAUUUACCAGUGAUGGAUCCAUUUGAAAUUCAAUGUUUAAUUUCCUGUCAUCUUUUCCAUUCCUAUCAGUAGCAUGUGGCACAGUUGCUCACUUUCUCUUCUAUUUUCUUGGCUUUUAGGACAUCCCGUUAAGCUUUACACAUCUAUUUGUUGUAAUUUUCUUGUUGCCUCCCUAAUCACAUUAUGCUUUCCUCUUCUUGUGUCUCCAGAACUUUCUGUUCUCUGAACAUGGGCUUAGUCCUCCAGCCACUUUUUUCUCUGUCCACACUCAUUGCCUUUCCUUAUCAACUCAGUUCAUGGCUUUGAACCCCACCUGCACAGCUUCAUGUCACCUGCAGGCCUCUCCUGUGAACUCUAGAUCCUGCAUCUAGGCCUCCCAAAGUGCUGAGGUUACAAGACGUGAGUGACCGUGCCUGGCUAAAUUUAUUACUUUUUUUUUUUUUAAGAGAAAUGGGGUCUCACUAUGUUGUUUAGGCUGGUCUUGAACUCCUGGCCUCAGCUGAUCUUUCUGCCUCAGCCUCCCAAAGUGCUAGGAUUAUAGUGUGAGCCACCACGUUCAGCCUCUACCUUUUGUUUCUGAGGCCUGAGAUUGGCCUGCAAUGCACAGAGAGGUGAGGGAGGCUGUUCUCUGCAUGGGGUUUGGUCAGGGCUUGGUCUGUGCCCUGAAUGGGGGAGCUCAGUCCAGCCCAGCUCCCAAUUGCUGCAGCGUGUGUGUGGGCUUCUCCAGGAGGAGAGCGGGUUCUGAAGAAAGGGGUCAGAAACUCACUUAUUAAUCUUCUCAUAGGAGCUUCUUGUCCCUGCAUUGCCCUGGUGCAGUGGGCAGCUGAGACCAUCUUUCCACAGGGUGAGGUCUUCCCUGUGUGUGUGUGAUUGUGGCAUAGGAAGGGGAUGUGUUGAUUCUGAGCAAUAAACAGCACAUUUUCGAUAUUCAAUAUUGACUUCUAAAGGCACUUUCCUGUUACCUAAGGAAGAACCCUUAAAGAAGAGGAAGAGGAAAGAAAGACAAGUCAGGCAUGGCUCUCACCCAGGAUAUUACAGAGUAUACAGAUGAACAGCCAGAUGUAAGCAGUCUAUUGGGGACAGGUGACAUUCAGGGAUGUGGCUAUAGAAUUCUCUCAGGAGGAGUGGACAUGCCUGGACCCCGCUCAGAGGACUUUGUACAGGGACGUGAUGUUGGAGAAUUAUAGGAACCUGGCCUCCCUGGCAGGAAUCUCUUGUUUUGACCUCAGUAUUAUCUCUAUGUUGGAGCAAGGGAAGGAGCCUUUCACUGUGGAGAGCCAAGUACAAAUAGCAAGAAACCCAGAUGGAUGGGAAUGGAUCAAAGCUGUGAUCACAGCUCUCUCUUCCGAAUUUGUAAUGAAAGAUUUACCACACAAAGGGAAGAGUAAUACAGGAGAAGUAUUCCAAACAGUGAUGUUGGAAAGACAGGAAAGCCAAGACAUUGAAGGAUGUUCCUUCAGGGAAGUCCAGAAAAAUACACAUGACCUUGAGUAUCAAUGCAGAGAUGCUGAAGGAAAUUACAAAGGAGUGCUUUUGACCCAAGAAGGCAGUCUCACUCAUGGAAGAGAUGAACAUGAUAAAAGAGAUGCAAGAAACAAGCUUAUUAAAAAUCAGCUUGGAUUAAGCCUUCAGUCACAUCUGCCUGAACUGCAGCUUUUUCAAUAUGAAGGGAAAAUUUAUGAAUGUAAUCAGGUUGAGAAGUCUUUCAACAAUAAUUCCUCAGUUUCACCACCUCAACAAAUGCCUUAUAAUGUCAAAACCCACAUUUCUAAGAAAUAUCUCAAAGAUUUUAUCUCUUCUUUAUUACUCACACAGGGGCAAAAAGCAAAUAAUUGGGGAAGCCCUUACAAAUCUAACGGAUGUGGCAUGGUCUUUCCUCAAAAUUCACACCUUGCAAGUCAUCAGAGAAGUCAUACUAAAGAGAAACCUUACAAAUGUUAUGAGUGUGGCAAAGCCUUUAGAACACGUUCAAACCUAACUACCCAUCAGGUGAUCCAUACUGGUGAAAAACGUUACAAAUGUAAUGAGUGUGGUAAGGUCUUUAGUCGAAAUUCACAACUCUCACAACAUCAGAAAAUUCACACUGGAGAGAAACCUUAUAAAUGUAACGAAUGUGGCAAGGUCUUCACUCAGAAUUCACACCUUGUAAGACAUCGAGGAAUUCAUACUGGAGAGAAACCUUACAAGUGUAAUGAGUGUGGGAAAGCCUUUAGAGCUCGUUCAAGCUUAGCUAUCCAUCAGGCAACCCACAGUGGAGAAAAACCUUACAAAUGUAAUGAAUGUGGCAAGGUCUUCACUCAAAAUUCACACCUUACAAAUCACUGGAGAAUUCACACUGGAGAGAAACCUUACAAGUGUAAUGAGUGCGGCAAAGCCUUUGGUGUUCGUUCAAGCCUAGCUAUUCAUCUGGUAAUUCACACCGGAGAAAAGCCUUACAAAUGUCAUGAAUGCGGCAAGGUCUUUAGGCGUAAUUCACACCUUGCAAGGCAUCAGCUAAUUCAUACUGGAGAGAAACCUUAUAAGUGUAAUGAGUGUGGCAAAGCCUUUAGAGCACAUUCAAACCUAACUACCCAUCAGGUCAUCCAUACUGGAGAAAAGCCUUACAAAUGUAAUGAAUGUGGCAAGGUCUUCACUCAAAAUUCACACCUUGCAAAUCAUCAAAGAAUUCAUACUGGAGUGAAACCUUAUAUGUGUAAUGAGUGCGGCAAAGCCUUCAGUGUGUAUUCAAGCCUAACUACCCAUCAGGUCAUCCAUACUGGAGAAAAACCUUACAAAUGUAAUGAGUGUGGCAAGGUCUUCACUCAGAAUUCACACCUUGCAAGACAUCGGGGAAUUCACACUGGAGAGAAACCUUAUAAAUGUAAUGAAUGUGGCAAGGUCUUUAGGCAUAAUUCAUACCUUUCAAGGCAUCAGCGAAUUCAUACUGGAGAGAAACCUUACAAGUAUAAUGAGUAUGGCAAAGCCUUUAGUGAACAUUCAAACCUAACUACCCAUCAGGUCAUCCAUACUGGUGAAAAACCUUACAAAUGUAAUGAGUGUGGCAAGGUCUUCACUCAGAAUUCACACCUUGCAAGACAUCGGAGAGUUCAUACUGGAGAGAAACCUUACCAGUGUAAUGAAUGUGGCAAAGCCUUUAGUCAAACAUCAAAGCUUGCAAGGCAUCAGAGAGUUCAUACUGGAGAGAAACCAUAUGAGUGUAAUCAGUGUGGGAAAGCCUUUAGUGUCCGUUCAAGCCUAACUACCCAUCAGGCAAUCCAUACUGGAAAAAAACCUUACAAAUGCAAUGAGUGUGGGAAGGUCUUCACUCAGAAUUCACACCUUGCAACACAUCGGGGAAUUCAUACUGGAGAGAAACCUUACAAGUGUAAUGAGUGUGGCAAAGCCUUUAGUCAAACUUCAAAACUUGCAAGGCAUCAGAGAGUUCAUACCAGAGAGAAACCAUAUGAGUGUGGGAAACCCUUUAGUAUCUGUUCAAGCCUAACUACCCAUCAGACAAUCCAUACUGGUGGAAAACCUUACAAAUGUAACGUGUGGAAAGUUCUAAAGUCAGAGUUCAAACCUUGCAAGCCAUCACAGAGUUCAUAGUGGAGAGAAACCUUACAAAUGAAGGUGGUAACUUUUGCAGUUAGAAUUCAUUCCUUUGACAACAUCAGAGAAUUUAUGCCUGAGAGAUUCCUUGAAAAUGCAAUGACUGGCUGGGUGCAGUGGCUCACGCCUGUAAUCCCAACACUUUGGGAGUCCGAGGCAGGUGGAUCACCUGAGGUCAGGAGUUCAAGACCAGCCUGACCAACAUGGUGAAACCCCAUUUCUACUAAAAGUACACAAUUAGCUAGGCCUGGUGGCGUGCGCCUGUAAUCCCAGCUAUAUAGGAGGCUGAAGCAGGAGAAUCACUUGAACCCAGGAGGCGGAGGUUGCAGUGAGCCAAGAUCGUGCCAAUGCACUCCAUCCUGGGCAAAAAGAGCACAACUCCAUCUUAAAGGGAAAAAAAAAUGCAAUGACUGUGGCAAACUCCUCAUGAAUUCAAGUAUUAAUAGACAUCCAAGAGUCCAUAAUAAUGAGAAAUCACAUAAAUGUACUGUGUGUGGCAGAGGCUUUAUUCAGGCCUCACAGCUUUGCAGGCAUUAAAAUCUAUGUAUUUGAUGGAACCACACAAAUGUAAUGUGUAAGAGCAUCCUGAAGCUCUUACUCUAAGACUGUAACUGUAGGUGAGGAUUCAUACAAAGAGUGACUCAGUCUCCAGUUCUUUGAUUCACUUUUAAUAUGAUAAACUGCACAAUAAUUACACGUUCCAAUAUGGUAAAACUUAAGACAUUAUAUAUUUCAAAGGUCAAAGGACAUUUGGAAAUGGCUACUUACCUUCAGAUUAUAAAAUCUUUUAUUCCAUUGUUUGAGGUUUCUCAAAAAGGCUACUGUUUGUGACUUUCAACCUGAACUAUGGAUCUGUGGCUAUUUUGCAUCCUUAAGCACCUUUCGUGGUGCCUAUCUGGGGAAGAACCACAGUAUGGAAAGGCUUACUUCAUUACAUGAGGAUCAUUUUUAUCCAUGUUUAUUGAAGAAGGAGGACUCUGCCUUGUAAAAUUAAAUAUUCUCUCAAUUGAGAGACCAUGGUUUAGGGGCAGAAAAUAAUGUAAAACUAUGAUAUCAAUCAUCAUACUGAUUGUGUUCAGGGUGCUUUUCUGAGAGAAAGACACCAUGGGUUUUAGGCAAGUAAGGCUCUACCUGCAUUGAGCAGGCCAAGACCUCAGGACACUGGAAUUUUUAUGAGAGGAAAGUAAUAAGUUAUUAGUGACUGAUUAUGUGAUAGGAAUAGUGCAGGGGAUAUGGUUGCCACUUUCUCUACUGAAUGGCAAUAGCUGUUUUAUAGCAGAGAUUGAUGAAAAAUAGGCUUAUUUUUGAAAUUGAAGAGGUAACAGUUAUUAGAGUGGAGAGCUUGGUCAGAAAAACCAGAAUACCAUGUUUUCUUUUUUUUUUUAGUAGAAUUCACACUAAUUGCUUGAAUUACAUUUUGCUACAGUUUUAUUAAGAAUGUGUCACAGACAUAAUGUUUUGCCAAAAAAAAUUCAACGUUUUCUUAUAACUAUAAACAAAUCACGUUCUUUGUACCAACAUCAUUUUAUCCUACCUCAGUAGGAUACUUCAUAGCAGAUAAUAACAAUACACUCAGUCUUUUAGGUUGGAGGAUGUAGAACAAUUUUUUUUCUUUGUGGAAUCAAACAACAUACAAUUUUGGGAAACUGUAAUCAUACUCUGCACUUGAAUUAUUCUCUCUACCCUCUGCCUUAGAAUAUUUAUAUGGAUAUAAUGAAAAUCCCAUAGAAAGUGCAGUUUUCAUACUCUUACACUCUGAAAGCUGCCACAGUGUUGGUGAAUAUAUACCAUAUUAUAUUUUUACAUGCUUGUGUGCUAAAUAACUAUGGCAUGCAUCUUUAUUUACAUGAAGUGAAAAUACAAAUAUAGAAAGUGUAUGGGCUGGGUGUGGUGGUUCAUGCCUGUAAUCCUAGCACUUUGAGAGCCCAAGGCAGGAGGGUCACUUGAGUCCAGGAGUUUGAACCAGCCAGGACAACAUGGCAAAACCCUGUCUCUACAAAAAAAAUAGAAAUAUUACCCAGGCAGGGUGGCUCAUGCCUGUAGUCCCAGCUCCUCAGGGAGACUGAGGCAGGUGGAUCACUUGAGCCUGGAGGCAGAGGUUGCAGUGAGCCAAGAUCGCGCCAUUGCACUCCAGCCUGGGUGACAGAGCGAGACCCUGUCUCAAAAAAAACAAUUGUAUGAAAAAUAUUGGCUGGGUGUGGUGGCUCACACCUGUAAUCCCAGCACUUAGGGAGGCCGAGGCGGGUGGAUCAUGAGGUCAGAAAAUCGAGGCCACCCUGGCCAACACAGUGAAACCCCAUCUCUACUAAAAAAUACCAAAAAAAAAAAAAAAAUAUAUAUAUAUAUAUAUAUAUAUAGGUUGGAUGUGGUGGCAUGCGCCUGUAAUCCCAGCUACUCAGGAGGCUGAGGCAGGAGAAUCACUUGAACCCAGGAGGUGGAGGUUGCAGUGAGCCGAGAUCGCGCCACUGCACUCCAGCCUGGGCGAGAAAGUGAGACUCCGUCUCAAAAAAAAAAAAAAAAUUAUGAAAUUAUAAAUAGUGCAGAAUAACAAAAAUAACACUAAGAAUGCUAUGCUCACAUAAUUUGACAAGACUAAUAUUCAUGAGUUUCCUCUUAAAAAUGAACAUAUAUAAUGGAAAUUUCAUUUUGUUUUCGUAGGUAAACUAGAAGUUUCAUAAAUUUAGCCUUAUCAUGUUUUUGGUAAUGUUAAUUUGUCACCUCUCCACAGGAAGUGUAUUGAACUCCAUUUACAGUUUGGUUUAGAUAUGGAAAAUGAUGAUGCUGAACAAUGAAGUUUUAGGGAAAUGUGUAUUGCAUAAUGAGGCUUUCUGUGAGAAGCAGGAUUGACUUCCCAAACUGGUCCAAAAUGGCUUGAGAGAGCAGGGAUAAAUAACUUGCUUGGGGUGUUAGGGUAAUAACCUUUAAUAAAAGGGUGGGUUGGGGUGAGGAUCCCACACGUGAUUUGAACUUCCAUCUAGUGCCAAAGGAGGGAACACGGACAUUAUCAGCUUGGCCAGAUGGGCAGAAUAAGAAGAGGGAGUGCAGAGGUAUAAAUGGUGUUAUAAGACAAAAAUCACAAAAUGGAAACUGACUGUAGUACAACACUGAAUAUUUACUCUUGAAACUUCUGAUUUCUGGCCAGGCAUGGCCAGAAAUUACAGGCUCACGCCUGUAAUCCCAGCACUUUGGGAGCCCGAGGCAGGUGGAUCACCUUAGGUCAGGAGCUCAAGACGAGCCUGGCCAACAUGGUGAAACCCCAUCUCUACUAAAAAUACAAAAAUUAGCCAGGUGUGGUGGCGCACUCCUGUAGUCCUAGCUACCAGGGAGGCUGAGGCAGGAGAAUCACUUGAACCCGGGAGACGGAGGUUGCAGUGAGCUGAGAACUCACCACUGCACUCCAGCCUGGGCAAUAGAGUGAGACUCUCAAAAAAACAAAAGAAAUUUCUAACUUCUUUGUUAGGGAAGACCUCCGCUUUCUUCAUAAUAGUAGAUAAUACUCUUCCUUUCUGCUGAACCCAUAGGGCCCAUUACACAACGUCAUUCUUGAAAAUAUUUGUGAAAUGCUGUUUAAAUUGCCUAAAAUAUUUUUACAGUAGUUCAAUGCAAAUGAAUUUGUGGAAAAGUUUAUUACAUAAUAUGAUCAAGCAAUUUUAGCCAAAGGGCAUUUUUCCAAAGGCUGUGUUAUAUUCAUGUCUUGUUCAGUUUAUGGUAUUGUGUAACAUAUUCCAUAGCUUCUUUUCUUUUUUUUUUUUCUUUUUCUUUUUAGACGUGGGGUCUCGCUAUGUUGGCCAGGUUGGUCUUGAACUCUUGGCCUCAAGCAUUCCUCCUGCCUCAGCUUCCCAAAGUGCUAGGAUUACAUGGCCAUGAGCCAAUAGUAGUAAAAUGACUUUUUGUUUUUGUAUAUGAUUUUUACUUUAAGGAUUUUUUCCUUCCAUACAUUUUAAUCCAAAUUAUAUGUUUACUGCAUUUCUUCUCUGUGUUACUCCAGUGAACACUUAGAAAAUACAUAAAUGAGGGUGUUGUUUAGAAAUAAAAUUUUGUGACAUGAAAAUGUAUGUAAAACAAUAGCAGGUACAGACUAGGUUCUCUGUAAAUAGGAAAAUGGAGUGUCCUUGUAAAUCUUUAGUUCAAUUAAAGUACAGGGAUACUAGAUGGUGAAAUGAAGUGUCUUAAUAUGGAAGUUAUCAAUGAUCAGAUGCUUGAAAAUCAAGCGUGUGGAGGUUAACCAGCAUCUGGAGAAGUAAAUGAAAAUACAGUUAAUAAGAGAGUCCCCAAGAUAUUAAUUAUCAUUUAUGCAAAGGAGAUAAUUUCUCUCAGUGAAUGCCUGGAGGCAAUUCAACUUCCUACUGUGGCUGGUAUUUCUUUUCUGAGCCAGAGGAUCUUACAGCAAAACACGAUAUUUGUGCAACUUUUGCAAUGACAGCUGCCAUUUAAUAUACUCCCCUUAGAUUUGUUUCCAUUUUAAAAAACUGAUAUAUAUUCUUUAAUAAGUGAUUUAUCUUUGCAUAUAUAUUUUAUAUCAAUCACAUUUAGAGUAAGAAUCACAGUUAUUAAUGCUUUAUGUGUAACAACUGAAUCAUCAGCUCCUGAAAUAAGUAUUAAUGAUAUUCUCAUUUCAGAGGUGAGGAAACUUAGGACAGAUAAGCAAAAUAAUCAAAUUAGGCUGGGCACAGUGGCUCAUGCCUGUAAUCCCAGCACUUUGGGAGGCCGAGGCGGGGGGAUCACCUGAGGUCAGGAAUUCAAGACCAGCCUGAUCAACAUGGUGAAACCCCGUCUCUACUAAAAAUACAAAAAUUAGCUGGGUGUGAUGGCAGGCACCUGUAAUCCCAGCUAUUCGAGAGGCUGAGGCAGGAGAAUUGCUUGAGCCUGGGAGGCGGAUGUUGCAGUGAGCCAAGUUCCCACCAUUGCACUCCAGUCUCAGUGACAGAGCGGGACUCCAUCUCUCUCUCUCUCUCUCUCUCUCUCUCUCUCUCUCUCUCUCUCUAUAUAUAUAUAUAUAUAUAUAUAUUUAGAAAAUGGGUAGAACUAUGAACAGACAUUUCACUGAAGCAGUUAUACUGAGAUAAAUAGGCACAUAAAAAGAUUUCCAACAUCACCAUCCAUCAAAUCUCAGAUCUCAGCAUAUUCUGCUUUAAAAGACUCAUCUUGUCACAUUUCAGUAAGAGGCAGAAUCGAGAUUUGAAUCCAUGUUGUCCGGUUGCAAAGACAAAGCUUUUAAUGAUGAUGCUACAGUAACAAUGCUAGUUAUUUUUGUCCUUUACUCACCAUCUAUACCUAUUUUGUUAAUAUCUCUUGUAAUUUUUAAAUGGUUUAUCUUCAUAUAUCAUUGUGAUUGUGGUAACUUUGUAUUAAAUCUAUAUUUUUGUAGAUCAA